AAAGGGAGACCGGCCCGCGCGUCUAAAAUCGGCUACUACGUGUUGAUACGCACGUUGAUAGCCGGCGUUGGAAGAACUUGUAUUAUUUAUUUUAAAUCCUUUCGAGGAAGAAUUACAACAUGUUAACGUUUGUUUCGUGGGCAAGUUAAAAUUCACCGGCACUUGCGUGCGUGCAGUCGUGGUCCCGAUUUUACGGCGUACGAACGCUUUUCGUGUUUUCAGUGAACGAGAGCAAAUACGAUUUGGAUUUAAAGUUUCUUAGUUUUAUUCCUGGAUAGUUUUGGAAGAUGGAUGUGCCGGCGAGAGGAAAUAUUCUGGGACGGGUCGUCCCAGCCCGCUACGUCCUAGCCAUCCUCGGCUCCAUAGGCAUGGCGAUUGUCUAUGGGCUGAAGGUGAACUUGUCUGUGGCUAUGGUGGGCAUGCUGAACCACACCGGCGUCAAGAUGCUGGCGCUCCGGGAACCCCACCCUAACACCACUGAGAAGGUGGUCGUGGAGGUGGAGUGCCAAGCUACGGACUCUAAUGGAACUGUUACCGAAUUGGACGGCCCCUUUAUAUGGUCUUCUGAAAUCCAAGGCAUAGUGCUGAGUUGCUACUUCUGGGGAUACUUCGUGUCCCAGGUUCCAGGAGCCAGAGUAGCAGAGCUGUUCUCAGCGAAAUGGGUGAUGUUCUUCAGCGUGGGAAUCAACGUGAUAUGCACUCUGCUGACGCCUGUCAUGGCGCAGGCGCACUACGCUGCUGCGGUGAUCAUGAGAAUCGGCGAGGGCAUUGGAGGGGGCGUAACAUUCCCCGCUAUGCACGUGCUUCUUUCUAAGUGGGCGCCGCCUGCGGAGCGCUCUGUCAUGGCUGCCCUGGUAUACGCCGGCACUUCGCUGGGAACUGUCAUUUCCAUGCUGAUGGCCGGGAUACUUACUGCUAAAGUUGGUUGGGAGAGCGUGUUCUACGUGAUGGGCGGACUCUCUUGCAUCUGGUGCGUGCUGUGGGUGUUCCUGAUCCAGGACACGCCGCAGCAGCAGCCGCUGAUCAGCAUCGAGGAGCGGGACAUGAUUGUCACUUCGUUGGGCGGAAAGGCUGGUGACCAUGCUGAGCAUAAGAAUCUGGCCGUUCCGUGGGCAGCCGUGCUGCGCUCACCACCGUUCCUGGCUAUCCUGGUUUCCCACGCUUGCUCCAACUGGGGCUGGUACAUGCUGCUCAUCGAACUGCCCUUCUACAUGAAGCAAGUCUUGAAGUUCAACAUGACUGAGAAUGCAGUGUCAACCGCCCUGCCGUUCCUGUCUCUAUGGUUCUUCAGUAUCGGCCUGAGCAGGACCUUGGACUGGCUGCGCGGUAAAGGAAUCAUCACCACGACCAUUGCUAGGAAGAUUGGUACUCUGUUUGCAUCCGUGAUCCCGGCCAUAUGCCUGCUAGCGCUGUGCUUUAUCGGCUGCAACCGCGGCGCGGCGGUGGCAAUCACUGCGAUUGGUGUCACCAGCAUUGGAGGCAUGUUCUGCGGAUUCCUGUCCAACCAUAUCGAUAUCGCACCCAACUUUGCUGGAACUCUCAUGGCUUUGACAAAUACGGUGGCAACUAUCCCGGGAAUCGUCGUACCUUUGUUCGUUGGCGUCUUGACACACGGAAACCAAACAAUCUCAGCGUGGCGCAUAAUCUUCUUCGUGACCAUCGGUUUGUAUGCCAUCGAGAUCGUCGUGUAUACCCUGUUCGGAUCCGGAGAAGAACAACCUUGGAAUAAAGUGGAAGAAAAGAAAGAAGUGGAGCAGGAAGCCAAGCCCUUGAAUAACGAUGAGAAGAAUGACGUUUAAAAAGCAUUGAAAAGGUAUAAUAACCAUGACAGUUUUGUUUAAGGGUAAAAUAUGUUUUUAAUUUUAAAAGAGUUUAUAAAUAAACACAAAAAUAGAUAUUGUGUAAAAUGUGUCAUUUAUAUUGUCGUUAUAAAAAUAUGUAUUUUAUGUCAAUUAUUCACUACGACAUUUUGCAGUGAAAACGUGCGUAUGUUGAGGUUUCAGCAAUAGAAUCUUAACGGAUAUCAUUCACAAAUCUAAUAACAACACUAUUGCGUCUGCAUUAAGAUGGAAAUGGCUGAAAUGAGUAGGUACAUUAAGUGAAAAAGUGUAUUACGACUACAUCGCUGCAAAAUAUCGCAGUGUGUAAAUGGCUUUACUGUAUUAAUUUUGGUAGGAUGAUCGUAUAGAAUAGAGGCAACUACGUAUUACUUAUUUACUCACUACUUAGUAUACAAAUAAGAGGCACGUAUUUGAUUCCGGUUGACUUGUAAUGGAUGUGGUACUGAGUGCUUUCUGUGUAUUUUUUUGUAGUUAGUAUAUGAAAUAUAGGAAAAUUUUACGCCAGUAACUAUAUUCCUGCAGUUGUAUGGUCUUUUUUACCAACUCUUUUUAUAGCUUGUAUAGUAUUUUUUUACCUUAGUAAUUAUUUUUGAUAUAAAAAUAGAUCCUGGAUUGUUAUGAAUGAAUGUGUAAGGAAACGUUUCAAAAAGUAUUUUAAAUCUAAAAGUAUUACUGUAAUUUGUAUUUUGAAUUGACAUAAUGUAUUUUCGGAUUGCAUAAAAGAACAGACAUUUGUGAUGGUGUACUUAUACAUUUAUAAGUGAUUGCUAUUUAUAAAGCAUUUUCUUUAAUAUUUAGAGGUGUAAGUAAAAUAUGUUAUGUACCUACUUAUUAUUUCUUUUCGACUCAUUUUUGAUAACGUUUAAAUUGCCAUAAUUAUUUCUUCUAGCCUAAAUAUUUGGUAUCCUAUUGUAUUUUCGAAAUUUGCAUUUAUGUAGUGUUUUAAAUAAUGAUAGAAAAGAAUUGUGUGGAUACUUGGUAAUUUGAACGAAGUAUUGAUAUUUUUCUGGAUGUCGCUAUAAUAGAGUAUGGAGUUACGAUAUAAUAUGUUGUAAUAUCUGUCUUAUAUUUGUGUCGUGGAUGUUAGAUGAGUACUUAUGUCGUAUGGUAACAAAUAAGCAAAUAUGUUCUAGGAUUUUACAACGUUUUUAAAGCUUUUUUGAAUGCAGAACUUGUAUAACUGAUUUUGAAAAAAUGCUUUUGAUGUGGAAUUUAUUAUUUUUAUAGAUGUAUGUCAUUAGGAACUUGCUACCAAAGACACUAUCUGUACUUAGAAAUAAUGUACUUAUUGAAAUAAAAUAUAUAUGAUCCUUAAAAA